CCUCCGUCUUUUUUGGCCACUCUGGGCACCCGUAACGUAAAGCAACGGCUCACUUGACGGCAGUCGCCCAAAAGCAGGCUACUGGGACAAGGCUAACAUAAGAUAUGAACUCCCUGGAACAGGCCGAAGACCUGAAGGCCUUUGAGAGAAGAUUGACAGAAUAUGUCUCUUGUUUGCAACCUGCAACGGGAAGGUGGAGAAUGAUCCUGAUAGUGGUGUCUGUUUGUACGGCUACUGGGGCUUGGAACUGGUUAAUAGACCCGGACACACAGAAAGUCUCUUUCUUUUCAUCACUGUGGAAUCAUCCCUUCUUCACCAUCAGCUGCGUCACUCUCAUAGCUCUCUUCUUUGCCGGGAUACAUAAACGAGUUGUGGCACCAUCAAUUAUUGCUGCCCGCUGUCGAACAGUUUUAGCCGAAUACAACAUGUCCUGUGACGACACAGGGAAACUCAUCCUCAAGCCUCGACCGAACAUCCAGUAACCACGAGCUGGCGUGAGGAGGCGGGACAGACUCGGCGCUUGCUAAUAGCCACGAUCAUUCGUCCUGACUGCAGUCUGAACGGCACUGAGGCGGACAUUGUCAUCACCGUGGAAAUGUAUUUGGAAGCGACAGAAGACAUUAAUUUAUAGGGUCUUUUAAUUGGCUCACUGUGCUGAUGCCACAAUUGAAGAUGAGCUCAGAUGUGUUUAUUUCUGUUUCUGAUCCUGAGCAUGUAUUUUAAAUGUUUCUAUUUUUUAAAAUGCUUUACCAAAUAAAUACUUCAGUUGCAAAAAAAA